AUGAAUCUUACCCCCAAUGUCAGCAGUGAGUUCCCAUAUCAAGCUAUGUUUGGGAAGUCACUGGAGCAGCUCAUGAGGUUCUUACAUGUAUUCAGAUGCCUAGCAUGGGUAAACAUUCCAAAGGUUAAGAGAGACAAUAAAAAGCUAGACCAGCAGGCCAUGGCAUCUAUAUUCCUGGGAUACAGUCUGGAGAGAAGAGGAUGGCUUUUCUACAGCCCAGACUACAGUCCAAAUAUAUUCUGGAGCAACUCUGUAAGAUUCAUGGAGUCUAAAUGCUGGUCCAACAGAACAGAGUGGCAACCAGCAAACAUACAAUCACCACCAGUACUAGCAGAUGAAGGAGACCUCAAUGACCUGAGAUAUACAGAUGAGAACCUCUUUGAUGAGAGAGAGGAGGAGCCACUCAACAAGUACAUGGAUAUGGAAACAAUUGGUGGAUUGGAUGAGGAAAGGAACCCAGGUGAGGGUGUGGCAAAGAUGAUAGAGUAUGGAACCAACACCAAAACAUGGGCCAACAGUUCCAUUUUUGGACUUACAGCAAUAAACAAUGGUAAAAGGAAGAACCUGGAUCCAACUGUUAAUGAGGCAUUAUCUGGAGAGGAUAGGAAACAUUGGGAGGAGGCAAUGUGCAAAGAGCUGGAUGGGCUCAGGGCCAUGGGCACAUGGGAAAUCGCUGACCUUCCCAAGGACAUGAAUGCCAUUGACACACAUUGGGUUUUAAAAAUCAAAACAGAUGCAAAUCUGAUUCUGACAAAGUUCAAGGCAAGGCUGGUGGCACGAGGCUUCACACAAAGGGAAGGCAUCAACUACACAGAGGAGUUCACACCUGUGGCACCUAUUCAAUCCAUUCAAGGAGUUUUGGCUAUAGCAACCAUGCAAGACUGGGAGGUGGAUUGCAUUGAUGUCAAACAAGUGUAUCUAAACUCUACAUUACACCAUGAUGUUUUCUUAAAGCUGCCAAUUGGGACAAAGGUUCCCCCUGGAAAGGUCCUAAAGCUGGUGAAGGGAUUGUAUGGACUGAAGCAAUCAGGCCAAGAAUGGAAUAUGGAGCUGGACUCACACCUGUGGAGCAUAGGUUUUCAUUGCAUGCCAAGUGCACCAUGCUUAUACUCGAGAGGAACUGGAGGCAGCAUGACUGUCAUCACAGCAUAUGUGGAUGACAUGCUCAUAGUAUCUCCCAGUCAUGAGGAGGUGAAUUGCACCAAGAGGGAAAUAAUGGCUAAAUGGGGCAUGGAGGAUAAUGGACCUGUGAAAGAGUUCCUAGGCAUAAGCAUCAACCAAGACAGGGCACAGAAGAGGAUGUCACUCAACUUGUCAGCCUACAUCAAGGUGAUGGUGAGUAAAUGGUUGCAAAUGACUGAACAGAAAUCCUGGGUGCCAAUGCAAGGGAUAACAAGUAUCACAGGGGAUGACAAAUGUGAUCCACUAGAGGCAAAGUGA